GGCCGCGCUGGGGCCGCCCGGGGCUCGCUGCGCCCGCCGGUGAUGCCGGCCCCGGGCCCGCGCUGCCCCUCGCCCGGCCAUGGUGCCCUGCGGGGCCGUGCUCUGGCGGCGGCUGCUCAGGAAGCGAUGGGUCCUCGGCGUCGUCUUCGGGCUCUCUCUCGUGUACUUCAUCAGCAGCACCUUCAAGCAGGAAGAGAGGAUGGUGAGAGAUCGGACUCUCCUCCAAGUGCAGGAGCAUGAGCAGCCCAUCAUGUGGAAGGUGAAGUUCAGCUCGGGGAACAGCAGUCAGCUGAGCAACCAGUGCAGGAACUCUGUGCAGGGGAAGCUCCUCAUUACAGAUGAACUGGGCUACAUCUGUGAGAGGAAGGACCUGCUGGUGAAUGGCUGCUGCAAUGUGCAUGUGCCCAGCACCAAGCUGUACAGCUGUGACAGCUGCCUGCCCAACGGCUGCUGCAGCAUCUACGAGUUCUGCGUGUCCUGCUGCCUGCAGCCCAGCAAGCAACAUCUCCUGGAGCGGUUCUUGAACCGGGCGGCGAUCGCGUUCCAGAACCUCUUCAUGGCAGUGGAAGAUCACUUUGAGCUGUGUCUGGCCAAGUGUAGGACUUCAUCACAGAGUGUGCAGCAUGAGAACACCUACAGAGACCCAAUUGCCAAAUACUGCUAUGGGGAGUACCCCCCAGAGCUCCUGCCUGUCUGAGAGCUGCACAUCUGAGCAGCAGAGGAAGGAACUGGAGCCUUGAAUCCAAAAGGACAAGACAGCAGCUGUUGCUUUACCAAAGCCUCGGUGUAAAAAGCUUGCCUUGGAUGUGGGGGCAAACCCAGAGGUGAAGAGAGGAAGUAAGGAACUUUUUGGGACUGAAUCUUGCUUUCUUCAAUUUUUUGUGCAUCUGCUUUGGAGUGCUGGUACUGUGCUGCUGUGCCAGUGCAUUCUUUGAAUACUUCCUCUGACUUUCAGGAAUCGUGGAGUCAAUGUAGGCUACAGAACAUCAUGAGGAAAAUAUAUAAUGUGGCUUUGCAGCUGUAAAUAGAGGUUCAGUUGUGUCUCUGCAGUCCAGAGACUUUCCAGGGUCACAGUAGUAACUGGAGGACUUUUCCUUUCAGAGGGCAAAGUGUGCCCACUGUGCUUCUCUCUCUGGAGCCCUUCUUGGCGUGCAUGGUGUACACUACAUAUGUAAUUAUGAAUUAUUUAUUCAUUUUAUAUGGGUCACUGGCUGAAAGUACAGAUGCUUUGCAUAGCUAGUUGUGGAUGCCUUUCAGUCCCUGCUUUGCUGUGUCAGCUAGAAGGAAUAUUUUAGAUCCUGACUAAAGUUGGUAGGGUUUUUCUUCCUCCUUAGUCUAAAGGAAUUGCAUUGGGAUUUGUCACUAUAGUCCUUAGUUCCUCUUAUUGAGUUUAACCAUCCAGAACUCCAAUGGAGUUGUUCUGCCACAGUCCCAUAGCACAAGAGAAGAGCAGGGAUCUGCCUAGGAUGGGAUGUUUAUUGUCUCUAAACACUUUCCUUGUAGCUCUGCAGCAGUUUCCUCAAAGAGGAGUCCAGUUUUGUGAGCAGCUCUGUGCUGUCCACUUGCUGACAGGGAGCAGGGAAGAUUUGUUUGCUUGAACUUGUUCAGGCCUUGGUAUUUCAAAUUCACUCCUGGUUGUGCAGGAGGCCAAAGGGUGGAGCUGAGCUCGCCCCAGCACCUUUCCCAGAGCUGCCUGUGCCUUUCCAGCCUGCCCCAGUGAAGGAGGCAGGAUGGCUCUGCCAGCUUGUCCAGCUCUCAGGCAGAUCCUGAAAUGUUUGACAUCUGCAUCUCAGGCAGCAAACUUCAGCUUCCUUUUAGCCGUUGGAACCCCCUUACAACAAAUUCCAGCUGAUCUUCACCUUUGACAAACAUAUUAAACAGGACUUAGUUAAGAAGACAAGAAUUCAUUAUCCCCUGCUUGCUUUACACAAUCCAGUGCCCAGUUCCCGCCACUGUACCUCAGCCAGCGGGGAAGGGAACAGGGCAACCUGCAGCCGGGAGUUUAGGAUAAAAGGAGGCUGCAUGCUCCGAAAUCUCGACAGAGACCCCACAGGGCUAUGGUUUAGUGGACUCUCUCCCUUUAUUGAAUAAAGUUGCAGGAUUCUUCUGUUUCCUUUGUGGGCAUUGGCUUUUCAUAGCGCGGCUUUUCGCACAUAGUGAGCGGACGCGCCGAACGCCGCGGGGCCCUGACGCGCACUGAGGUGACCCGGAAGUGACGGGCCUGGUUUUUCUCUUCUUCUGCGCCAAUAGUAGUGCCGGCUGCCCCUCACGUGACAUCCACAAUCGCCCUUGACUCCUAACUCCCGCCGCCGGGCGCGCGCCGAGCUGAGCAUGCGCAGUGCGGCCUUCCAGGGCUUUCCCCAAUUCUGUGGGAAUUCUGUGGGAUAAUCCUUCAUCCCUCUGUGAAAAAAUGUCCCCAGAGAGUCCCCGCGGGGGCACGCGUGUCCCUGUCCCCUCAGGAGCUGUGCUGUGGCACCAGGGGCUGCUCCAGGGGUGGGUGAGGGCUGCCCCCGGCCCAGAGACCCCGCCGGGCCCACAGCCCCUCACGGCCCAGGGACGCGCGACACGAGCCGCGGGUGAGGAUUCGCCUUUAUGACCUUCAUUACCUUUAAUUAAACUCUGCGGAAGCCCCAGCCAGGUGGAGGCCGCCUCGUGCCAGGUGCUGGAAGAGCCCAGGACAGCCAGGCCGAGGCCGAGCCCUCAUCCUCCCGCUCUGCGGCCGUGCCCGGCUGUCUGCUGCCCCGGGAGGGACGCCUGGGGACAAAGAGGAGUUGCUGCACUUCCAGCUCAGGCAGCGCUGCCGAGCCUGCUCAAGCAUGCUGAUUUAUUAAAAAUAUGGAUAUUGAUCUAGUACCGAUAUCCAACUGUGACGGACAAAGACUCUCUAACAGUUUAAAGUUAGAAAGCGUAUGUUUAUUGUGGGAGAGCUCCCAAAUACACACCGCAAUUUACAGGUGAUUACAGAGUCCUUUUAGCUAUACAAGUAUUGAAUACCCAAAAUACAAAUACAUAUUCAUGACUUUGGUACAUCCCAGUCCCCACUUCCUAUGGUAAUUAGUUCAAAAGCUAUUAAGCAUGCAGAGUUUGUUCCUCAAAAUGAGUCGGUGGUCCCUUCCAUGGGGAGGGGUCCCAAAAUGAGGAAGUAAAUGAAAUCUUCCUUGUUCUGAACUUUCUACAUUUUCAAUGCAAAUAUGACAAAUGAGCCCAUUGGUAGAACUCCCAUUCCCGUCUUCAAUUGGUUCAGAACAGAGGAGGCCUACAAUUGUCUUAUGUUCCUAAAAGCUGUUUAUCAGUUUCUAUAUUCUUCAUUAGCUAACCAAACAAUAUGUUGACAAGCAAUCAAUUAUCAGU